CUGCACGCGAACGCGGCAUUAAAGCGACACUGGUGCCAAACUGGAUCCAGUUCAUAUUGAUCCAGAGCGACGGUCGUAGAGUGAGGGGCGAUGUUUGAAAAUGUCCCAACAGUGUCCUCGGCGGAGCGCCAGCAGGUGCUGGGAGCUCUGGAGCGUCUGCAGGCCAAACUGGUCCAGCGGGAGGAGUGGACCCACAGUGAGACGGUGGGAAACCUGAGGGAGACCCUGCAGAGUCCGUUGUUCAGCCACAUCCUGACCCUGCAGCACUCCAUCAAACAGCUCCGGAACCAGCUGAGCAGCAUGCCGCCUGAUGCCAGCAGUGACUUCAGUUUCUCCAAAAAGGGUCAGCUAAUCAUGAGCGCCGUCAAUCCAGCCAGCAGCCUGGCCACGCCCACCUCUUCCACCUCUUCCUCCUCCCUCCUGACCAACGGCACGUCUCCGCCCAUUCACCAGACUCCGCCCUCUUCUGACCCCAUCCUGCAGAAGUGGAUCCUUGCUGCUGCCAAGGGCCGUCACACCGAGCUGUGUCAGCUGACUCGGCCUCUGUCCGGAGGCCUUGGCUUCAGCGUGGUCGGCCUGAAUCCCGCGGGAAGCAGCAGUCAGGGCGUCUUCGUCAAACACAUCCAGACUGGAGGUAUCGCACACAGGGACGGGCGUCUCCAGGAGAGGGACCAGGUCCUGGUGAUAAACGGGGUUCCUCUGGAGCCGGGGAUCAGCCAGCGGCAGGCGCUGACCCUCCUGCAGCAGCCAGGGGAGACGGUGGAGCUGGUGGUGGCCCGGGACCGGCCCCUGGACCGGCCCCUGGACCGGCCCCUGGACCGGCCCCUGGACCGGCCCCUGGACGCGUCAUCGCCGCCUCCCGCCGCCUCCGUCGGCACGGACCAGUGGGGGCACGUGGAGGAAAUCGAGCUGGUGAACGAUGGAUCUGGUUUGGGCUUCGGCAUCGUGGGAGGGAGGACGGCCGGAGUGGUGGUCAGGACGCUCAUCCCAGACAGCGUGGCGGACAAGGACGGGCGUCUUCGCACAGGUGACCAUAUCCUUCGCAUUGGGGCAACGCCCACCAGCGGCCUCACCAGCGACCAGGUCGUCAAGGUGCUGCAAGGGUGUGGAAGCCAAGUGACAUUGCUGAUCGCCAGAGAUCCCCGGGGUCAAAGGUCAACAGGCCCGCCUCCCCCACCGCCUCCUGACUCGGCCCCUGUCUCCUCCUUACCCGCCCGUCCCCCGGCCAUACCACCCCAACGCCGGCACAGCAAAACGCCCAAUCUGGAGGGAUAUGAGAUCCACGAGGUUCCUAUAACCAAGAACGACGGCCAGAGCCUCGGCAUCUCCAUCAUCGGCUACAACCCCCUGACCAGCCAAGAUGCAGUAGGUGUGUUUGUGAAACAUGUGGUUCCAGGCAGCGCUGCAGACCACAGCGGAAACAUCCGAAUCCACGACCGACUGCUCGCUUUGGACGGUGUCAGUCUCCACGGGCUGACCAAUCAGGAGGUUAUGGAGGUGAUGAGGAAGACGGGUCGCACAGUGGUUCUCAGUGUGGUCAGGAAGAAACUCAGAACCCUGGAGAGAUCCCUGGAUAAAGUGGAGAGGGAGUCGUCUCGCCUGUCAGCGAGGAGGUCGGUGGAGGUCCGAGCUCGCUCGUCUGGGGUUUGCUUAAUGACGCCAAGUCUGGAACCGACGUACCCGAACGCAGCACAGCUAGACAGGGAAUUGUGGGCUAAAUGGGAGCAGGCGCUGGGACCGAAGUACCAAGUUCUGGUGGUGAAGUUGGAUCCUGUUAUCGAAGACGAUGCAGAGCUGCAAAAAUCCUCCAAGCUGCUGCCCGUCCACACCGUGCGUCUUGGUGUGGAGCUGGACUCGUUCGAUGGGCACCACUACAUCUCCUCGGUGGUUCCCGGGGGCCCCGUGGAAAAACAUGGAGUCUUGAGGCCAGAGGACGAGCUCCUGGAGGUGAAUGACGUUCAGCUGUACGGGAAGUCUCGUCGAGAAGUGGUCUCGUUCCUUAAAGAAGUGCCUCCUCCGUUCACUCUGGUCUGCUGCCGACAUCCGACCUCUGACCUGGAACCUGAACCUGAACCUGAACCUGUUCUACAGCCUGGACCUGGACCAGUAAGACACUCGCAACCCAGUGUGGAGGAGAUGGAGCUGAAGCUGUCGUCGAUGCUCUGCAGAGAGAGCGUCAUUGAACAGCAGCAGGCGGACGGACAGGAGGAGCAGGUAUCCCCUGUUGACGAGAUACUGAUGAAGGCUCACCUUAACCGGGAAGAGGAAGAGGAGGAGGAUGAAGAUGAAGAUGAAGAUGAAGGGGAGCUGGCUCAGUGGUCUCCAGACAUCCAGAUCCUGGAGCUUCAGAAGGAGAGAGACAAAGGCCUCGGCUUCAGCAUCCUCGAUUACCAGGACCCGCUGGAUCCCGGUCGAUGCGUGAUGGUGAUCCGGUCUCUGGUCCCCGGCGGCUCAGCGGAGCGCCACGGCAGACUGCUCCCCGGGGACCAGCUGGUGUCGGUCAACCAGACCCAGUUGGACCCGCUCACCCUGGACCAGGCCUUGGAGGUCCUGAAGUCCGCCCCGCCCGGCACAGUCCGCCUGGGCAUCCGCAAGCCUCUGGCGGUGGUGCAGGGACCAGAGAGGAUCAGCCAGGUGUUCCUCAACAACGCACAACUGCCCAUACCAAAGGGUUUCGGCGACGGCUCCAUCCUACCCGAAGACCUUCGUCAGGAGGAGGAAGGGGAAGAAGAGGAGCCAGAGCUUAUCCUGGACGGAGGUCUGCCUCGCUACUCCUCCUUCCCUCUGACCUCCAAUCUUCUGCCUGCGGAGGAGGGCAGGGAGAUGGCCGUGGAUGAGGAUUUGGAGGAGGAGGAGGAGGAGGAGGUGGUAGUGGUGAAGACACAGGAGAAAGUGGAGGAGAGCAUGGGCUCCCUCCCCAGGAGACCACCUCCGUCUUGGGAGGAGUGGAAGCUCACCUCCAGCCGGUCCAGUAGAGCCGAGGAGGGGAAGCAGCAGGAGGAGGAAGAAGACCAGCAGAGAUCAGACCAAGAAAGCAUUGUGUCCAUAGGAAACCUGAUUGUUGGUAUUUCAGAUUCCAGAGACAGUGACGCAGACUCUGAACUCACGCUGACCGACACAGAGUCCGUCAGGACAAUCGACAGUGAGAGAAGGAGGAGGCGGAGCCAGGGUGGACCAAUCAGAGGAGGCCAAUGCGACCUUCCUGAAAGAGAGGCGGGCGAGGGAGAGGAAACGCCGGCCUUCAGCCACUGGGGACCCCCUCGCAGGGUGGAGGUGUGGCCAGAGGAGGGCCAGUCUUUGGGUCUGAGCAUCGUGGGAGGUUGCCAUGUCAUUAAGCGUCUGAGGAACGGCGAGGAACUGAAGGGAAUCUUCAUCAAACAGGUUCUAAAGAGCAGCCCCGCGGCCAAAACGCAGUGCCUGAAAACCGGAGACAAGAUCCUGGAGGUUUCAGGCGUUGACCUACAAGUGGCCAGUCACGAGGAUGCGGUCAAUGCCAUCAAAUCAGCCCCGAGCCCCGUCGUCUUCAUCGUCCAGAGCCUGUCAGCAACUCCACGACCUGUGUCUGUAAUCGCUCCCAGCUACAAUAAACACAAAGGACAGAGGACAGAGUCUCCGGCACCAGGUGCAGCCCCGCCCUCUCUGAGACAACCCCCGCCCUACAGAAUGCCCAACCAAUUGGAGCAGGGCCCGCAUUCUGACCUGGAGCAGGCCAAAGAGCGUUGGUGUGAGCGUUAUGGAGACCUGCAGGGGGAGCUGCUGUGCGUGGAGCUGGAGAAGGAGCGGCAGGGUUUGGGUCUCAGCCUGGCAGGAAACCGGGAUCGGUCCCGCCUCAGCAUCUUUGUGGUGGGGCUCCAUCCGGGAGGGCCGGCGGCUCGGGACGGACUCAUCCGGGUCGGAGACGAGCUGCUGGAGAUUAACAACCAGGUUCUCUAUGGGCGGAGUCACCAGAACGCCUCGGCCAUUAUUAAGAGCGCCGCCCCCAAGGUGAAACUCAUCCUGCUCAGAAAUGACGACGCUAUAAACCAGAUGGCAGUGCCCCCCUUCGCGUCUCCCCCUCCUCCCCCUGUCCUCGGCCCCGUCGGCCCCGAGUCCGUCUGUCCGGCUCCUCUUGCUGUCUCCGUCCCCACAGACGGACCCCGGCCCACAGACAGACCCCGCCCCCCCGACAGCUUAAGGCUCCCCCCUUCAUCGGACCCGCUGGAAGCGAAGAGUGACGAAGCCGAACCGAACAACAGGAACAGAAGCAGCAGCAACAGCAACAACAGCGCCCCCAAGAGUCUGAUGGAGAACGACGCCUCGACAAAGAGGCUGAAAUUUGCAGGGACUCCAGAAAAUGAGCCUGCUGCUCCGAAGGCGUUGCCGGAGCAACAGUCCUCCAGAGCUUCCAGCAGUUCCAGUAAACAGACGACAGCAGCAUCUCCUCCUCUGAUGAGUCCCGACCUGCAAGCCGCCAACAGAGACCCAUCCUGCUGUGCGGUGGUUCCUGGUCAGGAGAUGCUGUUGGAGAUCUGUAAAGGCCGAUCCGGACUCGGGCUCAGCAUCGUGGGCGGAAGAGACACGCAGCUGGACGCCAUCGUGAUCCAUGAGGUUUACGAGGAAGGAGCUGCAGCCAGAGACGGGCGACUGUGGGCCGGAGACCAAAUACUCGAGGUGAACGGGGUGGACCUGCGCGGGGCGUCCCACGAGGAGGCCAUCGCCGCCCUGCGUCACACGCCGGCGAAGGUCUGCCUGACGGUGCUGAGGGACGAGGCUCAGUACAGAGACGAGGAGAACCUUGACCUCCUGAAGGUGGAGCUGCAGAAGAGGAGCGGCCGAGGGCUGGGGCUCAGCAUCGUCGGGAAGAGAAGUGGCAGCGGUGUGUUUAUCUCCGAGGUGGUCAGAGGGGGCGCUGCUGAGCUGGACGGUCGUCUGAUGCAAGGAGAUCAAAUCCUGUCGGUCAAUGGAGACGACGCAAGACACGCCUCCCAGGAAACUGUCGCCGCCAUUCUGAAGUGUGCUCGAGGUCCGGUCGUGUUGGAGCUCGGACGCCUCAAAGCUGCAACCUGGAUCUCCUCCAGACGCAACUCACAAGGAAGCCAGAUGAGUCAUGUGAGUGGGAACAGCUCAGGUGUAGUGGCUCCGCCCCUCCCAAAUACCUCAACAUUGUGUGACCCGGUGACCCCCGACCCCCCGAAGUUGACCUCCACCGGGCCCCUGCUUCUCAACAACAACACAAAGUCCACCCGUGACAUCACUUCCUGCUCUAACAGCACAGGGGGAGACGCUGGCGUCCGUACGGUGGACAUCACAAGGGUAAAUGAAAAAAGUGUCAGCGACUCCCUCGGGGUUAGUAUAGCGGGGGGGAAGGGCAGCCCGCUGGGUGACAUCCCCAUCUUCAUCGCUAUGAUUCAGGCCAACGGGGUCGCCGCCAAGACACACCGGCUCAAGGUGGGCGACAGGAUCGUCAGUAUCAACAGUCAGUCAGUGGACGGUCUGUCACACGGCGACAUCGUCGCCAUGCUGAAGAACAGCUCCGGAAGCAUCCGCCUGCAGGUGGUAGCAGACACCAACAUCAGCGCCAUUGCCACUCAGGUGGAGAGUUUGUCCAGCAGCUCCAGUCUGCCGGCUGACACACACAAAGCAGAGCCAGAGGGUCCGCGGCCCCGCAACAUCAGUCUGGAGAAAGGCUCCGAGGGACUCGGCUUCAGCAUCGUCGGAGGAUUCGGCAGUCCACACGGAGACCUGCCCAUCUACGUCAAGACCGUCUUCAGCAAGGGCGCAGCGGCGGUGGAUGGCCGCCUGAAGCGGGGCGACCAGAUCCUGUUGGUGAACGGAGAGAGUCUGCAGGGAGCGACACACGAGCAGGCGGUCGCCACCCUGAAGAAACAGAGAGGCACCGUCACACUGGACAUCCUGUCAUAACACACACAACCACACAACCACAUUGCAUGCUACACAUUUGUAUCGCCUGCAUACACACGCCUAUGAAAACAGAUGCUCUUGUGAUUUCCUUCACACACUUUAACUCUUGGACUACGAAUCAUCGUGGAUCCUGAACUCUGAACUGUCCAACAUGCAAAAAAGCUUCAGGCGGUACCAACACACACACACACACACACACACACACACACACACUGAUGUCUGACACCAGUGGGUGACCACUUGAAUACCUGAAAGAGUUUCUCAACCUCGGUGUGGGGCCCACAAGUGGGUUCACGUGAUGCGUAGAUGUGGUCCCGAGAAACAUCUGAUGUAUUGAUAUUUGUUUGGGUCUGAGCAAGAGGAUCUUGGCUUUAAGAGAAAUCGGACACUUAAACACGGUCACAAGCCAGAAAAGGUUGAGAAACUCUGUAACUAGACACGCUAUUAAAUCAGAAUAUCGUCAAAGAACAAAUAUCACUAUGGAGUCAUGAUGAAGUGGCUUUAUUGCCAGCCUGCACUAGUUAAUGCAUUCAGUUGGGUUUGUUUUCUUGUUUGUGAUCCAGAAGAACAAAAGGGACACCUGUGUGAUGGUGAAGUGUUCUCCGACACCGCUGCACACGUUACGUUACCCUCCAAUCAGAACAAACAGCUGUUUUAGAUAAGGAGCUAGUCAUCAAAAGGGAACUUUGCUUUUCAAAUUAGCAGUAAAUGUGCAUUUUCCAACAUGGAAAUAACAGUUAACGCGUUAACAGUUAAUUCAGUUGAACAAUUUCUCUUAAAUAUUGUCAGACUUCCAUAUCUAAAAAUAAUAAUAAAAGGGAAAAUCCACUCAUUCGGUCAUUACAAAUUACGUUUAUUCAUGGAGUGGAUCAUUCCUACGAUUCAGUGUCAGGUUUACUUUUUAAAGAAAAUCAAAGAAUUUAUUGGUGAUUUUCUUUUAACUUAAAAAAAUUUAGAAAAUUGGAUUACAAAUUGAAAACAAUGAACCUUAGUUAAAACUGAGACCAUAUUAAAAAGUAAUAGACACUUGUUGUUGAAAGGUGUUAUCUAUUUACACAAUGUACACAUUUCUGUUAAAUGAGGUAAGGCUGUUAAAGUGUCCUAGUUAGUUAGCUAUCUUAGAAAAAGUGCCACCAUUCAACACAAACUUUGAUAACCAUGUAAUUCCUUGUACGCACACAUUUCUUCCAGUAAUGAAUCCAUAUUGACACAUAAAGGAUAAAACAAUAUUAAUGUUAAAUUAAAUAUGUGUCUCUGUGGAGAUGAAUCUCAGGACUUGGUGGGCUUGGAGAACCCCUGUCGCCCCCGGCAACAGAUGCAGUGUCUUCCACAUGAUUUCAAUCAGGGAGAUAAAAUUAUAAAAAUAUGUCUCCGUGGAGAUUUAAACUAUAAAAGGCUUUCUAGAAGCAGGCGUGAAUAAAAGCAAAAGACUGACAUUUAUAAAAACUAUUGUUCUCUGUUCAGAUUCAGACUUAUCAGUUAUCAGUGCCAUCACUGUAGUUCCAGGAAGUGGUUAGCCUAGCUUAGCACAAAGACUGUAUGUAGGUGGAGAUUAUCCAUCAAACAACUCAAAAUAAUCCAAUUCACAGGUUAAAUUUGGUUUAUUUAAUUGUUGUAGAAAUAGCAAUUCAUGUUUAAAUUAAGGGGGAAAAUGUUUUAGUGUCGACUGCAGAUUAGCAUCAGUUAAUACGUUUUAAUUGGUUUCUGAUUGGAGUAAAGGGUUGAAAAAUAGCUUUGAAGACAUCUCUUAAUAUUCACCAUAAAUAACAAAUGAUGGUAUUUUUAAGAUGUGAAAAUACCAGAUGGCUUUGUUUGACCCCUUAAAAAACUAAUUCCAUGCAGGAAUCUCAACAUAUAUUACAACCCAUUAUGUUUAAUGAAUGCAUUUGUCAUCCUUGUAAAAACGGGGUCAUUGUUGUAAGAGAUUGGUAAAGGCGAUCUUUUAAAACAAAUGGAGGCGGCGGACGUUUAAAAUGUAUUUGGGACUGUAAAAAUAAUUUUUUAUCAAAGUCUGAAUGUCCAAAGUCAAGAAAAUGGUGUUGCUCGCAAUAUUGAGGGUGUCGCUCUCAAGGAGUGAAACAUAACUCGCGUAACCUAAACAUGUUGCUAGCUAACCUGAGUUUUUGAGGGAGAACAUGAGGAUUUAGCAACAUGUCAGACCGUUGCUUUCAGUCUUAAAUUGUACAACGUGAAGUUACUUGUGUGUUUGCAGAGCUUUGCUGAAGCCUAGUAUGAUACUGCGGUUUGUUAAUCCUUUCAGAUAUUUGAUGUGUAAUUGAGGUAUUGAGCAGCAGCUGUACAGUUUGUGCUGAGCAGAAUCCUGUACUUUAAACAUAUCAAUCGAGUGCAAAACACUUUAUGUUAAGCCUGUUCUUGUCAUAAUCACGGUCUUAAUUGUUGGUACUUGUAUUUGAAGUUGUCGGAGUAGAUGAACUGUAAUUUAUUUGUGUGAUCUCACUGGAAAUUAACAAUGUAUUAUUAGUUUUUUUUAUUAUUACGAGCACCGACAUCUUUGUCCGACGGAAACCCUGCAGCUUUGGUUCGCCUUCACACAGGACUCCUUCAGAGUCGCUGCCAAAAACCAGCUGAGGUUGCACUUUAUUUUACUUCCUUUCUUCAUCAUUUCCUCACAAGCUUCCUGUUGGUACUAUUUAUAGAGAACAAAGAGGGAUCUUUUAGAGCACAAUAGAUGAACAAUUAAUAGAUUGAGCCUCUCUUUGAGGACCAAUUCCUGUGAAAUGCAACUGCUAAAAUUAUGACAUAGUUGAAAAGUGGGAGGAAUUAUUUCAUGUGCCCCCAGGCGGCAGAAGUUCCAUUGUUUUUAUCCAUUGACAAUGUAAUAAAACUUUUUUUGCCUACA